AUGGCCUUUGAAGACCGCCCUCUCCUCUCCCCUACGGACAUGCAGUUUGAUUUGGUCUCAGCCAUCCAGGAAGACAUCUCUCGCUCGUUGGUGUCCUGGUCUCCUCAGCAUGUGUAUGGUCACCUUGACAAGACCCUUCUCCUUGAGGAAAUGACUUGGUGGGAGCAGAAGAACCUGGAGGUCAAUGGACUGGCUGUGGAGUUUUGCAGGGAGCUCAAGGCCAAUCAUCAGCUGAUUGCACCUAACCCCUGCCUUUGGGGACGCUGGCGGGAGAAACAGGUGGUCUCUCCUGAAGCCAAAGCUGCAAUCGCUUGGGAUACUCUUGGGCGUGCCAUGCGGUCUCUUCCAACUGGCCUCAAAAGUUGGAUCACCAAACAUUGGGUGGGGAUGUGUGGCACCGGCAAAUUCAAGGUACUCUGGGGUUUGGAAAAGACAGCAGCUUGUCCACACUGUGGGUCCUUUGAGGACCAUUUACAUGUCCUUCAAUGCUGCGCUGUCUCCGCCACACAGGAAUGGGAACGCCGGGUCUCCGCUCUAUCCACAUGGAUGGAUAUGCGCCUGACGGAUCACUCCAUCAAAAAGGCGAUUCUGAUGUUACUCGGGGGAGUUUGCGACCCCACCCUCCCUUCCACCCAGGCUAUCUCUCCUGUGGUUCAGCUAGCUUCUUGGCACAACAGGUUAUCGGUUACCAAGGCCUCUUGGAAGCUUUCCCAGGAACUGAUUGCACUCGGCUUCUAUAUGAGGGAGCAGCGGAACUCUGCCCAACACUCAGAUGAUAAUGUCCAGCUCCGUGAACGUCAUCGCACUGCUAAUGAAGGUAUUCACUCCCAGUUUGAUAUGGGUCCGGACGAUUUACCAUAG